CCAUAAAACAGGAUUGCUGGAAAGGGGGGGGGGGGCGAUAAACUGCAGACGCCUCUUAUCACCUGCGAUUCAGCAGGUGAUCAGCUCAGUGUUGCUUCUCAGGCUUUGGGAAUACACAACCGAGCCGUCAUGGAGGAAACCGCUGGUCUGAUCCGGACCGGACUCCUCGUUUUCUCUGUUUGUGUGUGUGUCGUUACCAGUAGUCCUGUAGGUACUUCAACCAUAAAUUGUGAACAAGGCAGCGAUCAGCUUGUGGGUUCAGUGGAUGAAGGAUAUGCAGGAGAGGUGGAGGUGGUGAGCGGGAUCACGGCAGGAAGCGGUGUGAAGCUGGUGUCCCACAUCUUCCCGGCCCACCUGGAGUACCUGGAGCUGAGCUUCACCCCCGGAGACACCAGCGCCACCGUUCGCACCAAGAAGACCCUGGACGCAGACACGCUGGCAGCCAGCGACAGCACCUUGUAUUACUCCGUCAUGUGUGACGACGUCAUCAAGCUCAACAACACUCGGAAACUGAAGAUCAACGAUCUCAACGACAACAGCCCCGUGUUUGAAGAGAAGUCUUACAGCGUUUCUCUCUCUGAGACCCAACAGGUGGAGAGCGAGGUUCUCCGAGUGAAAGCCACAGACGGAGACAGCACCCCCGCAAACAACGUGGUGACAUAUUCCAUGGCACCAACGUCAGAGGACUUCAUUGUGACCAACUCCGGUGCUUUUAUUUUGAAGAGGCGUUUGAACUACAAUUUAGUGCAAAACUACAACUUCCUUGUGACGGCCAAGGACAACUGGGGGUUAAACGACACCGCCACCGUGACGAUCAACGUACUCGACUUCGACAACCUAAAUCCGUAUUUCAGCCACAGUGUGUACCGGUCCUUUAUUCCAGAGAAUCAGGAGGGGCCUUUCCGGACCGUUGAGCCAGAGGCGAUAAAGGCUCAGGAUGGAGACGUCGGGAUCAACGUGACUUUAACCUACAGCAUCAGUGCAGUGUCUCCAGACCAGUAUGGGGGACACUUCCACAUGGACCCCAGCAGCGGAGUCAUGACGGUGCUGACUGCUUUGGACCGAGAGGAGAUGGGCAGCGGCGUGAUCUCCGUCAGCAUCAAGGCGACUCAGACCGACGACGGUUUGAAGACGGCGGACGCGGUGGUGUCGGUCACCGUCGAGGACCUGAACGAUAAUCCUCCAGAGUUUGACCAGUCCGACUACUCCGUUACACUUCUGGAGAAUUCUCCCGUUGAUGCGGUUCUGUUCAAAGCCGUCGUCACCGACAUGGACCAGGGAGGAUUUGUGGGAGAUUUGCAGAUCUUUCCAGGAUCUUCUCCUUUCUCUAUCGGCGCUGACGGGACGGUCCGAGUGAAGAACUCCACCGUUCUGGACAGAGAGACCACGGAAAGAUUCACAUUUCAGAUCAAAGCGACUGAGACGGAUCCACCCAACAACGCUGCAGAGGUGCAAGUCAGUGUGUCUCUUCUGGAUGAGAAUGACAACAGUCCCGCGUUCACCAGCAAGACGUACGAGGGGAAAGUGUUUGCAAACCAAACCGUGGGAAUGUCUCUGGUCCAGGUUAAGGCAGAAGAUCCAGAUGCUGAUCAGAACGGGCGGAUCAAAUACUCUCUCGAGUUCGGCAACAACGACGGAUACUUCUCAAUUGAGGAAAACAGUGGAGACAUCACGCUGGCUAAAAUCAUUCCCCUGGUGGAGAACAAGAUGUUGGAGUUCCCUCUCUACAUAACAGCCAGAGACGGGGGAACCAUGUCCCGCUCCUCCUCAGCACAGGUUAACAUUCGUGCUCCUGGUGCCUCUAAUCCUCAGUUUUUACACAAAGUCUACCGUGGCACAGUGGAAGAAGAGCAGGAAACAGGAGUUGUCAUUCUUAGGGUGGCCUUCAUGGCGGUAGAUGCUGAGAUUCCUGUGACUCUCCGAGUUGAUACAGAAGCCGACAAGUUCGCCAUCUCCUCCGGUGGUGAAUUCAGCACUAAAGUGAAGCUGGACUACGAUGAGGCUCCUCACAACUACUCUGUGACGAUCUCCAUCUCUGACGGAGUCAGCAGCGACAGUGCAGUCGUGGAGGUUCAAGUCACCGACGUCAACGACAACAGUCCUGUUUUUACCUCGGAUUCUGUCACAGAAUCAGUCCCAGAGGACGCAGACGUAGGGUCCAAUGUGACUGUUGUUCUCGCUACAGACAAAGACAGCAGCUUCAACCAGGAGAUCAGAUACUCUCUGAGAGGAGGAGAGGGGAAGUUCUCUGUCCAUCCUGUGUCUGGGAUGGUGAGUGUGACUGGACCACUGGACAGGGAGACUAAGACAGAGUACAGCCUGCAGAUGGUGGCUGAAGACCAGGGUCGUCCAGCCAGGUCGGCCACAGCCUCCCUGCUGUUGGACUCUUCCAGCGGGACUCUGCAGCUGGCCCAGCCUCUGGACUACAGCGAGGUGAAGGUGUACAGCCUCGUGGUUCAGGCCUCCGAUGGAGGGACUCCCUCCCUGGUUGGGAACGGCUCCGUGGUGGUGAAGAGCUACGACGUGGCCGUCCCUGAGAACCUGGCCAGCGGGGCGUCCAUCCUGACCCUGGAGGUCACGGACCGGGAUGAGGGCGGAUUCUCCGCUGGUUACUUCCUCUACACCAGUGAUACCUUUGACAUCAACAAACAAGGAGUGGUCUCGCUGAGGAGGGACGUCACCUUGGACCGAGAGACAAAGGACAGAUACAUGUUACAGGUGGAGGCGGUGGACCAGCCCGUUGACGGCCUGCGAUCAACGGCUCAGCUCAACAUCACCGUCCUGGACUACAACGACAACUCCCCCCAGUUCCCGAGGAUCCCGGACCCGCUGCAAAUCCCCGAGGGCGUGUACUCGGAGGACGCUCCAGGAGAGGUUUUCACCUUUGUGCCAACAGACGCAGACCUCGGGCCCAACGGAGAGGUGGCCCUCUCCCUCCUCUCCCCCCACCCACUCUUCAGAUUCACAGAGGACGGGACGUUGCUGGCUGUCGGCUCUCUGGAUCGGGAGAGCAGGGAAACGUACGAGCUGCUCGUGAAGGCCUCGGAUAAAGGCACCCCCCCGAGAGAGAACGUCACCAGCGUCCGAGUGAGCCUCCAAGACGUCAACGACAACCGACCCGAGUUCAGCUCCAGCAGCUACGUCAGCAGCAUCCUCCUGAAAGACGCCGCGGAGGGGACGCUGCUGCUGACGCUGCACGCCAGGGACGGGGACGCCGGGGACAACUCGCUCAUCACCUACAGUUUCUCUGCAGGAAGUUCUCCGUAUUUGACCUUGAACAGCGAGAGCGGAGACGUGACGUUGACCUCUGACCUCGCUGAUGUCACAGAGGACACCACCCUGGUGCUGACGGCCAUGGCCGAAGACCACGGCCAGCCUCCUCUCAACGCCACAGCUCGGGUCGUGGUGAAUCUGCGGGUGGUCAGCCUGGUGGAGGGCGUGGCUUUCCGGAGCUCCUCCUACAACUUCAGCGUCCCCGAGAACCAGCCGGGGGGGGCGGGGGUGGUGGGGACCGUCUGGGCCUCCGCAGGAAGUGACCUUUACGACGUCGCCUACACACUGACCACACACGCUGACCUGUUCUCCGUGGACGCCAGCGGAGCCGUCCGCACCAGAGCCCAGCUGGACAAGGAAGACCAGGACUGGUACAUCCUGGACGUGGAGGCCGUGGACACAAGGACCCCCCCUACGUCAGCCACUGCAAUGCGAGGCGACGUGACUUACCUCUGGAGGGGCGUGACCUCGCGGAUCACAGAGGACACCACCCGGGUCGGGCCGCCAGGGCGAGGGAAAGACCCCGGCCAGCCUUCCUCCAAACCACAGCGGAUAGGCCGUCCGCACCAGGACCCAGCGUACAAGGAAGACCAUGACACGGGUACAUCCUGGACGUGGAGUCCGUGGACACAAGGACCCCCCCCUACGUCAGGCCACUGCAAUGUUCAGGGUUCGGUGGAGGACGUGAACGGACGCCACAGUUUCUCUCGUCGCUGUCUAUAA